AUGCCAUGAAUUCAAUAUUUUCUUCCGACAUAACACCCGAGACAAUAGCAAAAUUAGAAAGAGAACAAUCCCAACUUCAAGAGAAAAAGGAUGAACUUCCUAAAUUAGAGUUUGAACUAUCAAAGUUAGAGAUGUAUGCUGAUGCUUACAUAAAAAAUACCAGGUGUAUGGUACAACUUCGAACACAAAUUGAUCAUCUUACACAAGAGUUGGAUAGAUUAAAACGGCAACCUUCUAAAAUUGAAGAGAUUAAGAUUUACAAAAUAAAAUUUUGGAAAUUGGGGUGGAUAAACUUCGAGCUCAAGAGGGCGGAAAUUGAAAUGAAUAAAUUCGAAAAUUCUCUAGCAAAUAGUGAAAGAAAAUUAGAAGAAUUAAAUAAUGAGAUAGAAAAUAUUACAAAAGAAAUUCAACAGAAAGCCAAUGUUGCAC